GCAAAAAAACCUGCUCCCACGCGGGUCGCGAGGAGAUCAAACAAGUCUCUGCACCGGAGCAGGAACCGAGAGAGAGAGAGAGAGAGAGUCCACUGCCCGUCUUCCCCUGAGCUCCUUCGCCGGCGAACGCCCAAAGCCCCGCAUGGAGAUCCUCCAACAAGGCACUAUGUUGAUGUUCCCGGGGAUGGAUCUUACGAAAAUGGAUCCUCCAACUCUUACCCUCCUUGGAGCAGCUUGUUGUGUAAUGUUGUCUAUGCAUUUCACAGUACAGCUGGUAUCACAGCAUCUUUUCUAUUGGAAAAAUCCCAAAGAGCAGAAGGCUAUACUCAUUAUAGUGCUGAUGCCUCCGUUAUAUGCUAUAACUUCCUUUGCUGGUCUUCUGGAUAUUAAGGGAAGCAAAACGUUUUUUACAUGUUUGGAGUCUGUUAAAGAAUGCUAUGAAGCACUGGUUAUUGCUAAGCUUCUGGCAUUGAUGUACAGCUACUUAAAUAUAUCUAUCAGUAAAAACAUUGUACCUGAUGAAAUCAAAGGGAGGGUGCUUCAUCAUUCUUUCCCUGUUUCUCUUUUCCUGCCCCGUAAUGUUCGGUUGGAGCACAAGACACUUAAGCUUCUGAAGUACUGGACCUGGCAAUUUGUUGUUGUUAGGCCUGUAUGCUCCAUUCUGAUCAUUGCACUUCAGCUUCUUGGGUUGUACCCCAGCUGGGUCAGCUGGACCUUCACAAUUAUACUUAACUUUUCAGUCUCCAUGGCAUUAUAUGCCUUGGUCAUAUUCUAUCACUUGUUUGCUAAGGAGCUGGCACCUCACAAGCCUCUUGCUAAGUUCUUGUGCAUCAAAGGGAUAGUCUUCUUCUCUUUCUGGCAGGGCUGUGCGUUGGAUGUUUUGGCUGGUGUAGGGGUUAUUCAAUCUCACCAUUUCUGGCUGGACGUGGAGCACAUCCAGGAGGCAAUCCAGAAUGUCUUGAUUAUCCUGGAAAUGGUCAUUUUCUCAGUUCUCCAGCAGUACGCGUAUCACGUUGCUCCGUACAGUGGCGCUGACAAGGUAAAAUUCGAGAAGAAGAAUGAAUGAUCCACCAAGCAACAUAAGCAGCUUGUUCUUGUAAGGUUUUGUGUGUAUGUGCUGGGAAUAUGUUAUAGACAUGGGUACUUCCUUAUGGGCGCGUGUAGAGUGAGCCGUUAUACUUUGAACAUUAGAAAAACGAGAUGAUCAGGAACAUAGAGGAAUGACACUGUUAUCUGCGCUGUGAAACUAUGUAAUGCCCGAAUAAGGAGAAUUGGGAUUUUUCCCGCUCCAAAAUGGAGUCCUGAAUAAAUUUUGGUUUCGUGUUGAAA